UAAUUGCAAAAUGCAAAAGUCUGAAUCAUGGAAGAGUAAAGGGAAACCAUCCUAUCUCCUGUCUCUGUUUCUGUGACAAACUAAACAGCAAAAUUCAGUCCCCCACCACCACCACCCACCACCCACCACCACCACCACCACCAUCUCUCUUUUGUGAUCCACAAAUAACAAAAACCACCAUCUGUUACCUCUCCUCUCUACACUUUCCCUCUUUCCCUCUUCUUCCUCAUAUUCUAUUUUCAUCAUAUGCUUAUACCUUAUGUCCCAACCUCCAACCCCAAUUCCACCCCUCCUACCACCACCACCGCCGCAACCACCCUCGCUUGUCCCCACCACCGCCACUACCUCCACCACCAACCGCGAAUACCGCAAAGGCAACUGGACAAUCCAAGAAACCCUAACCCUAAUCACCGCCAAGAAACUAGAUGACGAGCGCCGCUCCAAACCCUCCACCCAUUCAACAUCCAAGCCAGGUGAGCCCCGGUGGAAAUGGGUUGAGAACUACUGCUGGGCUCAUGGUUGCUUCCGCAGCCAGAACCAAUGCAAUGACAAGUGGGAUAAUCUCCUCCGCGACUAUAAGAAAAUCCGAGAGUAUCAGUCAAGAUCCAACGCCUCUGAUUCCUUCCCUUCCUACUGGACCAUGGAGAGGCAGCAGCGUAAGUUCUACAAUCUCCCUUCCAAUAUGUCCCUCGAGGUUUUUGAAGCUCUUAAUGAAGUAGUUCAAAGAAGAUGCUGUACAACACAACAAAACAUGUCCACCACUUCACAACAACAGCAACAGCAGCAGCAACUUUCAGUUUCUGUUGCUGCUUCUCCACCUCCAGAGACAGUCCGAGAACCUCCACCGGAGCCGGAGAUGGAUCCUCCCGCGGUUUCAGGAUCAGAAUCAUCGGCGACCGAAUCAGGUGACAAACUUGAUGAGGCAGCCACAAAACGAAGGAAAUUUGGGAACAUAGGUUCAAGCAUCAAGCACAGUGCUUCAAUCUUAGCACAGACAAUCAGAAGCUGCCAAGAGAAGAAAGAGAGGCGACAUCAACAGCUAGUGGAGUUCGAACAACGUAGGCUUCAGCUUGAAGAGACAAGAAAUGAAGUGAACCGCCAAGGAAUGGCAAAUCUUGCUGUUGCUAUUACCAAGCUUUCAACUGCCAUUCACUCGCUUAUAUCAGACCAAACAUGAGGAUUAUGAAAAAAAAAAAAAAAAAAAAACUACUCGUAUUUGUUUAUUUAGUUGGGUUGAGAUUAUUUAUGAGACUUGUUAAUUCAGCCAUUCUUCUGGGUAUUUAUACAGUCAGAUUUUAAUUAAUUCUUA